GAAAGUAGACACGGCGGCGGAGAAACACACAAAAUCGAGUUAAUCGACUAGCACUACCUCACAGCUUCUUCCUCUACCAGUCGUCGCGGCCCUUCUCUGCACUACUCCCUCAUCUUCAUCUAAUCGAGCGUUAACCUCUUUCAAGAACUCAAAAUCACCACCUCAUCAAGGAUCCAUGGGCAGUGUGAAUGAAGGAAAGCUUAGGUUCUGUAUAGACAGAGGAGGCACAUUCACUGAUGUCUAUGCUGAAAUACCUGGUCAACCUGAAGGCAAAGCAAUGAAGUUGUUGUCUGUUGAUCCAUCUAACUAUGAAGAUGCUCCAGUUGAAGGAAUCAGGAGGAUUUUGGAAGAAUUUACAGGGAAUAAAAUCCCCAGGACUUCAAAAGUCCCUACUGACAACAUUGAGUGGAUUCGAAUGGGAACUACUGUUGCAACAAAUGCACUUUUGGAGAGAAAAGGAGAAAGAAUUGCAUUGUGUGUGACCAAAGGAUUUAGGGAUCUACUCCAAAUUGGUAACCAGGCUCGCCCAAAUAUCUUUGAUCUUACUGUUUCAAAACCUUCUAAUCUAUAUGAAGAGGUUAUAGAAGUUGAUGAAAGAAUCCAACUUGUUCUUGAGAAUGAAAAAGAGUCUGGAUCGAAUGUAGUCACAGGUAUUUCAGGUGAGCAGGUUAGAAUCGUGAAGCCUGUUGAUGAAGCAACUUUGAGGCCUUUACUUAAUGGUCUUUUAGAAAAGGGAAUCAAUUGUUUAGCAGUUGUCUUGAUGCAUUCUUACACAUACCCACAUCAUGAACUUGCUGUGAACAAAUUAGCUGUAAGCAUGGGAUUCAAACAUGUUUCUUUAUCUUCUUCUUUGACUCCAAUGGUUCGAGCUGUUCCUAGAGGUUUAACAGCUAGUGUAGAUGCAUAUCUGACUCCAGUUAUCAAAGAGUAUUUAUCAGGUUUCAUUUCUAAAUUCGAUGAUGAUUUAGGAAAAGUGAAUGUUCUCUUUAUGCAAUCAGAUGGUGGUCUUGCACCGGAAAGUCGAUUCUCCGGCCACAAAGCGGUUUUAUCCGGUCCAGCUGGCGGUGUUGUUGGCUACUCUCAGACACUUUUUGGGCUUGAGACGAAAAAGCCCCUCAUUGGAUUUGACAUGGGUGGGACCUCUACUGAUGUGAGCAGAUAUGCAGGAAGCUAUGAACAAGUUCUUGAAACACAGAUAGCUGGAGCUAUAAUCCAAGCACCACAGCUCGACAUCAACACUGUGGCGGCUGGUGGUGGUUCUAAGUUGAAGUUUCAGUUUGGAGCUUUCCGGGUCGGCCCAGAAUCCGUGGGUGCACAUCCGGGCCCCGUUUGUUAUCGAAAAGGAGGUGAGCUGUCAGUUACAGAUGCUAAUCUUGUUUUAGGCUAUGUAAUUCCCGAUUACUUCCCAUCAAUCUUUGGGCCUAAUGAAGAUCAGCCUUUAGAUAUCAACAAAACCAGAGAAGAAUUCGAAAAACUUGCAAAGAAAAUUAAUCUUUAUAGAAAAAAUCAAGAUCCAUUAUCAAAAGAGAUGACAGUUGAAGAGAUCGCACAAGGGUUUAUAAAUGUUGCUAAUGAGACAAUGUGUCGCCCAAUUCGACAACUAACAGAAAUGAAAGGACAUGAAACGAAAAAUCAUGCUCUUGCUUGUUUUGGAGGUGCGGGCCCACAACACGCAUGUGCCAUUGCACGUUCUUUAGGUAUGAAUGAAGUUUUGGUACAUAAAUUCUGUGGGAUUUUGAGUGCAUAUGGAAUGGGAUUAGCAGAUGUUAUUGAAGAAGCACAAGAGCCGUAUUCUGCAGCUUAUAGUCAUGAAUCUGUUCUAGAAGCUUCACGUAGAGAAACUUUGUUGCUGCAACAGGUGAAACAGAAGCUUAAAGAUCAAGGAUUUGGAGAAAGUAGUAUCACAACAGAAUCUUACUUAAAUUUGAGGUAUGAAGGGACUGAUACUGCUAUAAUGGUGAAAGGGAAGUCAGGAAGUGAUUAUGCUGUUGAAUUUGUCAAACUAUUCCAGCAGGAAUACGGAUUUAAACUUGAAAACAGAAACAUUCUAAUAUGUGAUGUUAGGGUUCGUGGGAUUGGAGUGACAAACAUUUUAAAGCCACGAACACAAGAAAAUUCCAUCACUACCCCUAAAUCUCAAGGUGAAUACAAGGUCUUUUUCGGAAAUAAAUGGCAUGAUACGCCUCUGUUCAAGCUUGAAACUUUAGGAUCUGGCCAUGUCAUUCCGGGUCCCGCAAUUAUCAUGAAUGGAAACAGCACUGUGAUAGUUGAACCCAAUUGUAAAUCCAUAAUCACCAAAUAUGGAAACAUAAAGAUUGAGCUAGAGUCAAUUUCGGUCAAUGUCAAAGUAUCUGAAAAAGUUGUUGAUGUCGUCCAGCUUUCUAUCUUUAACCAUAGAUUCAUGGGUAUAGCUGAACAGAUGGGGCGUACGUUACAAAGAACUUCAAUUUCAACAAAUAUAAAAGAAAGAUUAGAUUUUUCAUGUGCCCUUUUUGACCCUGAUGGAGGUUUAGUUGCUAAUGCUCCUCAUGUCCCCGUUCAUUUAGGAGCCAUGUCUAGCACUGUUCAAUGGCAGUUAAAUUAUUGGGGAGAAAACUUACAUGAAGGAGAUGUUCUUGUUACAAAUCAUCCGUGUUCUGGUGGGAGUCAUUUACCUGAUAUUACGGUUAUAACCCCGGUUUUUGAUGAAAAAAAGUUGGUUUUCUUUGUUGCUAGUCGAGGGCAUCACGCGGAAAUAGGCGGAAUCACUCCCGGAAGUAUGCCGCCUUUUUCAAAAUCUAUACACGAGGAAGGAGCUGCUAUAAAAGCAUUCAAACUAGUCGAAAAGGGAAUCUUUCAAGAAGAAGGAAUCACAAAGCUUCUUCAAUUCCCGAGUUCGGAGGAAUCAUCGGGCUACAAGAUUCCAGGGACUAGAAGGAUUCAAGAUAAUUUAUCAGAUCUUCAUGCACAAGUAGCUGCAAAUCAAAGAGGAAUUGUUCUUAUCAAAGAGCUUAUCGACCACUACGGGUUAAAAACAGUUCAAGCUUACAUGGUUUACGUUCAAUUAAACGCGGAAGAAGCGGUAAGAGAAAUGCUAAAGUCAAUUCCGGGGAAACUCCAAUUCCAUUCCGAUGAUUCCAAUUCUACCGAUUCAAUCGUAAUCCAAGAAGAAGAUUACAUGGACGACGGUUCUACGAUCCGAUUAAAACUCACAAUCGAUUCGAAAAAAGGCGAAGCUUUUUUCGAUUUUUCCGGAACUACCCCUGAAGUGUAUGGGAACUGGAACUCUCCGGAAGCCGUGACAAAAGCUGCGGUUAUUUACUGUCUUAGGUGUUUGGUAGACAUUGAUAUUCCAUUAAACCAAGGAUGUUUGGCUCCUGUGACAAUCUUUAUACCUUCGGGAUCCUUUCUCUCUCCUAGUGAUAAAGCUGCUGUUGUUGGAGGCAAUGUUUUGACAUCACAGAGGAUUACAGAUGUCGUUUUCAUGGCGUUUCAAGCUUGCGCGUGCUCACAAGGCUGCAUGAAUAAUUUGACUUUUGGUGAUGACACUUUUGGGUAUUAUGAAACGAUUGCGGGUGGAAGUGGGGCGGGGCCCACGUGGGAGGGGACGAGUGGGGUCCAGUGUCAUAUGACGAAUACGAGGAUGACGGAUCCGGAGAUAUUUGAGCAGAGGUAUCCGGUUGUUUUGCAUAGGUUUGGGUUGAGAGAGGGGAGUGGUGGUGGUGGGGUGUGGAGAGGUGGUGAUGGGGUGGUUAGGGAGAUUGAGUUCAGGCGGGGGGUGGUGGUGAGUGUGCUGUCUGAGAGGCGGGUGCAUGCGCCCAGGGGGUUGAAGGGCGGAAUGGAUGGGGCGCGUGGGGUUAAUUAUCUUGUGAAGAAAGAUAAACGGGUGGUGAAUCUUGGAGGUAAAAAUACGGUUGAGGUUGAAGCUGGUGAAAUUCUUCAGAUUUUUACUCCUGGUGGAGGUGGAUGGGGUUCUCUUUGAUUUCAUAUUAUGCUUAUUAUGAUGGAGAAAGAUAAAAAUUCAAAUUUGGUAAUAAAGUUCUGACAUUGUAGUUUUUUAAAUGGAUUCCCCCUUUCUUUAAUGUUAUUAUGAACUUUUGAUGGUCAUUAAAAUGACUAUAUGCUGUGAAGUCAAAUGCAUAAAGAUGACCAUAUUUUCAUCUUC